UUUAAAAAUAUGGCAACUCCAUGACAAUCCAGAAAGCAAAAACUUAUCAGACUUGGAAGCACAACGAAGAACAGAAUCUAGACAUGUUUUGGAUGCAUUGCCCAAACAAACUCGAAAGACAGUUACGGAAUUCACUGGAUAUUCAAAUUUUUGGUCAACUUUUUUGUGCUGGCAACAGGAUGCUCUCGUAUAUCGAUGCGCAGGACUUUGAGGAUAGGGGCAUGCGACACGCCUUCAAUUUCACAAAUACCAGACGCAAUGCCCAGAUGCUGGCCAGCGGCUUUAAGCCGCCUUUGGCUGUGCGCACGGGCACCUCCAUAGUGGGCAUUGUUUACCAGAACGGCGUCAUUCUGGGCGCCGAUACGCGCGCCACCGAGGGACCCAUUGUCUCGGACAAGAACUGCUCGAAGAUACAUCGCCUGCAGGACCACAUCUUCUGCUGUGGCGCCGGCACUGCCGCUGAUACGGAGCAGAUGACGCUGAUGACCUCCGCCGAGCUGGAUCUGCACGGGCUGAACACGGAUCGUCAGGUGCCGGUGGUCUGUGCCAGCAUGAUGUUGCGGCGUACGCUCUUUCGCUACCAGGGCCACAUUAGUGCAGCUCUUGUCAUGGGCGGCGUGGACAAGUAUGGGCCGCAUGUGAACUGCAUUCAUCCGUACGGCUCCAUUGAUAAGUUACCUUAUGCCGCCAUGGGCUCCGGCACACUGGCCGCCAUGGCUGUGCUGGAGCGAGGCUGGAGUCCCAGCCUCGAUCUGGACCAGGGCAAGCAGCUGGUGCGUGAAGCUAUUAGUGCCGGAGUUUUCAACGAUCUGGGCUCCGGUUCCAAUAUCGAUCUGUGCGUGAUCACGCCCAACGGAGCCCAACAUCUGCGCACCGAGACCAUUGCCAGCGAGCGGGGCGAACGGCUCGGCAAGUACGCGAUCCUGCCCAACACGACCCUGGUGAAGAGCAUCUCGGUGCAGGACAUUGACAUCACCGAUGAGCGCGUCUAUCGACCCUCCGUUUCCGUCUCGCAGGCAGCCUCGCUCAGCACGUCCGAGUUCCAGUCGGAACCGCCAACGGACACAGAACAACCCCCGCCGGAUAAUCCAUAAAUCGCAUGCAUAUAUAUUUUACGUUAUCUACAGACAGACUUGGCCAUAACUAUCGUUCGUUUUUCUACUCUUUAAUAAUUAUUUAUCCAAAUUGGCGUGCUUAAUAACAAUUAGACUAUCCCCGCUCGGCUCUUAAAUUGUAGACAUGUGUAGGUACCCAAAGUAGCCCAUAGAUGGCGCCAUGUGGCUUCAUUUUGAACUCGUUUUAUAUAAAGAUUGCAUUUAGUCUGUUUGUUA